AUGGACCUUUACCGAGCUACGUUCGCUGGAUCGCUUCUCCUCAAUGCAUUUGCCUUUUACCAAUCGCACCGCUCCCGCAAGGCGGCAGUCGUCGAGGCCGUCACUACAGACAAGAAGGAGGAGCACAGCCAUGUAGAACCCGAUCUUGAAGGCCUAAGCAAGCUCAAGAAGCGAUUCUUUCCUAUUUACUUGCUGGUCAACGCUGCAGACUGGCUCCAAGGGCCAUAUAUUUACCCCAUCUACAAAGACGAGAAAGGCCUCCCCGAAGAACUUGUCGCAUUUCUGUUCCUCACUGGCUUCAUUGCCGCAGGUGUCUCUGCAUCCUUCGCGGGCGGGCUUGCAGACCGCUAUGGCCGAAAGGCAGCGUGUCUGGGAUACUGCGUAAUCUACUCGCUCUCAUGCGCCACUCUUCUUACCAACAACAUCUACGUUCUCUUCCUGGGCCGUAUCCUCGGCGGUGUAUGCGGAACUAUCCUAUGGAGCGUAUUUGAGAGUUGGCUAGUCGCCGAGUUCAACCAACUCAUGAUCCAAGACGGAGAAGCCCAUCUGAGCGCCAUCUUUAGCACGAUGACGACAUCUAACACCUGUGUCGCUAUCGCAGCGGGUAUCUUUGCGGAGUGGGCUGUCCGAUGUACUGGAACCGCAAAGGCACCCUUCAUGGCGGCGAUUGUGUGCUUGGCUUUGAGCUUCGUCGCCAUAUCGAGGUGUUGGGGCGAGAACUAUGGAUCGAGCAGCCGGAGAGCGUCAGAGACAGAGGGUCUUCUCCAACAAGAGGAAGCGACCCCUGCACCUGCACCGACUUCGGCUCUACGUACCAUUCUACGUGACCGCAACAUCCUCAUUCUCGCCUUAGUGUCGGGGUUCUUUGAAGGAUCGCUCUUCCUAUUCAUCUUCUUCAAAUUCCCAGCGCUGAAGCUCAGCCAUAAACUGGCUGGCUCAACUGAAGAAGAACUUCCAUUCGGUCUCAUUUUUGCGAUUCUCAUGUGCUCCAUGAUGCUCGGCUCGCUCCUCUACAAACACGUUUCCACAUCCUCAUCGCCCAUGCCUGCACAGAAGAUGCUCACCGGCAUCCUGGCCGUUUCCUCGGCCUGUUUCUUCAUCCCCGGGCACUUCCGCGAUGAGCGCGUCACUCUCUGGUGCUUCUGCAUUUUUGAACUAUGCUGCGGAAUUUACUAUCCCGCAAUGGGCUCGCUGAAAAGCAAGCUCAUCGAAGACGGCUCGCGGGCGAGUAUCUACGGCAUUCUUCGUAUUCCGCUGAACGUUUUCGUUGUGCUUGCGCUUAGCACCACCAAAGAAGGCGAAGCGCAUCGCGAUACGGUUUUUACUACAUGUAGUGUGCUAUUAGUGGUAGCAGCCAUCUUCGUACACAAGACGCUAGCCUAA